GUGUUGAAGUUGAAGCAGUCGUCAUUUCAAAUGGCAGUUGCGAUGUGCCGAGCGAUAUGUGGAGACGUAACAAAUUAGUUAAAGACGAAGUAGUCGCACACAAACAUUCCUUUCAAAAUUUCUAUGCUACUUCGUCCAACAUAUUAAUAAAGAAAAAUGUUAAGCGAUGUUAAGGUAGGAGUCAAAUUGAGGCCUUUGAUUCAACAAGAACAAGAUGAAAAUUUAUCAAUGCAAUGGAUCGUAAAGGGAAAUUCGAUUGUUUCAUUAGAUCAAGAGACAAACAAGUGGAGGGAUAAUGAAUUUCAGUUUGAUUAUAGCUUUGAUGUAAAUACAAAAAAUUCCAAAGUAUUUGAUAGUAUUAUAAAAUCUAUUGUUGAUGCUACUAUAGAUGGUUUCAAUGGAACAAUAUUUUUUUAUGGUCAGUUUCAUUCUGGUAAAACAUACACAGUGACAGGCACUUCAGAAGAUCCAGGCAUAAUACCACUUACUGCUGAAUACAUAUUUAAUGCUAUUUCAAAUAUCAUUCAAUGUGAAUUUUUAUUAAGGGUAUCUUAUUUAGAAAUUUAUGAUGAGAAAAUAAAUGACUUAUUAGAUAAAAACCAAAUUGAUUUAGAAUUAUACAAAGAUAACAAUGAACAAAUAAUUGUUAAAUGUACAGAAAAAAUUACAAAUUCUUUGGAUGAUAUGUUAUCUAUAAUGAAAGAAGGAAUUAAGAAUAAACAUAUUAAUAGUCAUAGCAUAUUUCAAAUUAUAAUUGAAAGUCAACAAAUUGAAGGAGAUUCAAACAAUAUUGUACAAUUAUCACAAUUAAAUUUGGUAGAUCUUGCUGGUUUUACAAAAGUUCAUUGUACAAAAGGUAUUGAAGAACAUCAAACUGAUAUAUCUCUUUUUACUCUAGAAUCAAUAAUUACACAAAUAAGUAAGUCACAAAAUGCCCAGGAACAUAUUGAUUAUCAUAAUAGUAAAUUAACAGAAUUACUGCAGUCAUCAUUAAGUGGCAAUGCUUUAAUAGCAGUAAUAUGUACAGUAACACCUGUUGCUUUAGAGGAAACAUAUUACACUCUAUUGUUAGUAUGCCAUUUUUACAAUGCCAUUUAUAACUUUACAUGUAUUAGAAUAUUAUUUUUGAUAUUUAGGUUUGCAUCACAUACUAAAAAAAUUAAAACUAAACCACAAAAAAACGAAGUUAUGUUUGAUGCAUCGCUUCUUCAUUAUGCAAAACAAGUGAAAUUAGAGCAAAUAAGAAAUGGAGACUCAUCUAUAGAAGUAGAAAAAGUAGAAUCUGAAAAACUACAACAGAAAUGUCACUUGUUAGAAGAACGUAUAAAAUUAUUAAAGACUCGAACUAUUUCUGGAUAUGAAAAAAAUUGUGAAAAAGCACUUAACUAUAAGUCUAAAAGAAGAGAAAUUUGGUAUAAUCCUGGAAUGAUCAAACCGUAUUUCCCUGUAUUUCAUACUCAAACUUGCUUACCAACAAUAAAAGAAAUUUCACCUGAGAAACUACAUAAAAAAAACAUUAUGCAAUCAGUUGACACAAAUGAAACAUUUCAGACAGAUCUUGAAUCAGAAGCAAUUGAUUAUGAAGUAGAUUAUGAAAUCAAAAUGAAUGAUAAUAUUGGAAAUGAACAUGUUAAAUGUAUGAAAAGUGAUAAUUUAUUUCUAAUGCCAGAAACACAAGAUACUUUGAUACAAACUUCUAGAAAUCAAAUAUGUCCUUCUACACCGAAAAGUAUUUUACGGGAAUGUAUCGUGGACCUGACAACGCAACUUACUGAACUUCGUGAAUUUACAACUUUAGAGAAACAACUAACGUGUGAAGGAAACCAUUGUUGCAAACAUAACAUAGGAGAACAAGCGGAAAUACAGUUUGUUUGUGAUGGUUUUAAAAAUAACAGAAUUGAUAAAUGUUCUCUAAAUUAUGUAAUACAAUUAGAAGAAGAGAAAGAUAAAUUAGCAGUAGAGGUAAAGUUGAAAAGUCAAGAAUUGGCCGAAAUAAAGGAUGAUGUUCGAAGCCUUAAAUUAGAUAUAGAAAAAUUCGAAAAAACUAUUUAUUUAUUAACAAAUGAAAAUAUGGAAAUGUCAAAUAAAUUGUCCAUUGAAAACGAACGUUCGAAAGAAACUGAAUUAAAUUUUCAAACAACAAUUACUGAGCUUUACACACAGAUUUCGAAAAUUACGGAAGAAAAGAUUAAUUUAGAAGGCGAUAUAACGGUCUUAAAUGAACAAUUAGAAUCAUUUCGCUCAAAAACCGUAGGAGAAUACAAUAAUGAACAAUUAUUAAUUGAACAUCAAAAUAAAAUUGAUGCAUUGAAAACAGAAAAUAUUGAAUUAUCAACUAUUAUUGCAGAUAAAAAUAAGGAACUUGAAAAUAUUAAAGAAAGUAAAUCACUAUUAUAUGACCAUGAUUGUAUUUAUAAGGAUGAAGUUACAAUAUUGACUGAAAAAAAUAAAUGUUUAAUGCAAGAAAAUAAUGAACUUUCCUCUGAUCUAAUAGAUAAAAUUGAGGAAGGUGAUAUAUUGAAAGAACAGUGUGAUAUUUUGAAUAAUAAAAUGAUUUUAAUAAAAAACGUAGAUUCCAAAAACGAUAUAGAACAAUUAAGAUUGGAAAACAAUAUUUUAAAAACCAAGAUAGCAGAAUUAAAAAUGAAAAUAACAAUAUUAACUAAUGAAAAUGCAAAGAUUUCCAAUAAUCUAUUAGAAAGUAUGGAGGAUUUUGAUAACCCAUGCAAUGAAAAAGUAAAUAGCAAUUCAAUGCAUUCAUCUAUAGUACCUGAUAAUCCUGAAAAGUCAAAUGAGACUAUGGAGAAAAUAUUACAAGGAGAAAAUUACGAGGAACUGUCAAAUAAAGUUAUAGUAUUACAGGACAAAGUUACUCAUCUAUCUCGUUUAAAUAAAAAAUUAAGUGAUUUAAAAUUAUCAUCCUGUGGUCAAUGUGAACAUUUAAAGAAGAUAAGUGAGAGUCGUAGAGCUUUUAAACUUGAAGCAAAAAUUUUAAAUCACAAAUUGGAAGACUUACAAAAAAAGUUCAAUCAGAAAUGUGAGGAUACUGAAGCAUUAAAACUUAAGGUUAAUCAAGAGUUGAAUGUAAGUUUUACUGAUACAUCCUUGAACACUAGUUUUAUAGAUAGAAUGAAUGUAAGCUUUGUAGAGGAGAAGGUUCAACAUUUAAAUAACGAAUUACGGACUUUGAAGCAUGACCACGAUGAACUUUCAGUUUCAUAUAUAAAAAAAUGUGACGAACUUGAAAAGCUUCAUAAUGAAACGAAAAUCGAGCACCUUCAAAAUAAUAUCGAACAAGUGAAAAAAGAUAUAGAUGAAAUAAAGAAAAAUAGUGCACAUUUUGUUUCUAUGCUUAGUAAAUUUAGGACGCAAAAAGAAAACUUAUUGGACCAAAUCAAUACACUAAGAUUCGAUAAUGAAGCGUUACAACAAACAGUAGCAGAAAAAAAGAUAUUAGCAGCUACAGCUACAGAGAAAGCUCAAAUUCUUGAGAAUGAAUUAUCAUGUAUGAAUAAAGAACUCGAACAGUUCUUCGUGAAAGAAAAACUAACGCAGACCGAAAAAAUGACACUAGAAAUACAAUUAGAAGGUUUAAAGGUUGAAAAUGAAAAUAAAGGUAAUCUUAUUACUAAAUUAAAUAGAACGACUGGUGAUUUGAAUGAAUGUAUAUUAUCACUGAAACAUGAAUUAGAUUUAACAACAAACCAAAAAAAGGAAUUAACUAUAUUAACUGAAAAUAUUAAAUGUAAAUAUAAAAAUGAAUUAGAACUUCUAAAAAAGCAAUGUGAUAAAUUAGAACAAGAAAAACAAAAAAGUAUAGAAACAGAAAAACAUGUAACACUGCGAGUAAACGAAUUAGAGUCAUAUAUAGAAAAGCUUAAAAUAGAUUUGGGAAAACAAAAAAAAUUACAUUGUGAGUUAAAUACUAUUAAGGAACGUAUGAUCAAAGAAUUAAAGUCAUUUAAAUUGAAUUCUUUAGAUUUUUUAAAUAAAACUGCAGACGAAAUUUUCAUCAUUUUUUUGCAAACGAUCAUGUUGAAAGAAGAAGAAGUAAUUAAAGAAAUGAGAGAAUUACUCGAAAAAGACAAACUAAAAUUAGAGGAUGAAAAGCGGCAAAGUGCAGAUGCUGAAAAGCGCGCAGUGUUGUGGGCUAAAGAAUUGGAAAUAGAAAAUGAAAAAUUACAUGUUGAUUUAACAAAAACGGAGUGUUUAUGUAUAAAAAAGCAAGAUGAAAUUAACCAAUUAAGACACCUUAUGAAAGAAAGUAAUCAUGAAAAAGAGAUACUUAAAGAAAAAAUGGAAGUGCUAGAAACUGAUUUCAAUAAUUUACAAAGCGAAUUUGACAAACAAUGUAAAGUAGAUAUUCAACAGAAAGGACAAGCAUCUAUUGUUGCACAAAAACGAGAAAAACAAGUACAAGAAGCUCUUAAAUACAAAGAAAUUGAACUUCAGUCUAAUAUGAAAUCUGAAAAGGAACGGUAUGAAAAGAAAAUAGAAGAGUUACUUUGCACUAUAGAAAUCCAUAAAACAAAAAAUCUAGAAUUGGAAAACAAUAUUGAAGGUCUUGAAGCUAAUGAAAAACAAUUGAAAAAUAUUAUAGAAGCAAAUUCCUCAGAACUGAAAGUAACCAAUCAAGCUAUUUAUAAAAUGACACUUGAUUUUGAACAUCUCACAGAAGCUUAUAACGAAUUAAACCGCGAUGUAAAAGAAAAAGCAUCUCGAAUUGAAAACAUCACAGCACUUUUGAAAAGCAAAUGUGACAUGCUAUCCGAAUAUAAAACUAAAUUCGAAACUAUUAUACCAGAUUAUGAAAUACUACAAAAUCAAGUUAAAGAAAGAAAAGAAAGCAUAGAACGAUAUAAAGAAGAAAUAGAAAGAUUGAAAAUGGAAAAGGAAAAACAAAUUGAAGAAAUCAAAGAUAAAUUAAAUUCAGAAGAAAUAAAAAAUACCGGAUUAAAUAAACAAUUAAACGAAUUAAAUAGCAAAAAUAUUGCUUUGAUAGAAGAAUUAGAUAACUUAAAAGAAAUACAUGAACAAUUGCGACAAGUAAAUGCGAAAUUAGAAAGAAAAAUUAGAAAUAGUACAAGUAAAAUAAAAGCUGAAGCAGACAUGGAAGAAUUAAAGGAUGUAAACAAAAGGUUGCAAAAUAACUUGGAAGGUGCAAGUAACCGUAUAAUUGAACUGCAGGAAAGCAAAAAUAAAACUUUCAAAGAAUUAGUUAAUUUAAAAAAUCAAUAUGAAUUACUGUCCCAAGAAAAUGCUGAACUAAAGAAAACUUUAUCGUUACACAAAUCCAGAGAAAAUACUUUAUAUUUAUUUGCAGAAGAUAGUAAAUAUGAUAUACUUCUUCAAGAAAAGAAUAAAAUUGCACUACAAUUAGAAGGUAAAAAAUUAUUAUUGUCACAAAAAGACAAAGAGAUUGUAGAAUAUGUAAGUCAAAUCAAUGAUUUGAUUAUUAAAAAAAAAGAACUUGAUAACCAAUUAAAAGAUAAAAUGUACAUUCAGCAAGCUGAAAGUAAAUUGGUUAAAGAAUUAAUGAAAAAGUUAACAACUUUAGAAGAAGAAAAUAAAGAAAUGAAAGAUCAACUUAAAACGUUCAAAACAGUGACACAAACUAACAUAAAACAGGUAGGAGGUACAAAGUUAGACAAUGAAAAAUUUAUUGAUACUCUGAAAAAAAGGAAUUCGGAAUUACAAAUUAAAUUUAAUGAGUAUCAAACUGAAUUGGAACUAAAAAGCAACAGUAAUGAUUCAAGAUCUACUAGUCCAGCUUUUGAAAACAACAGAAGAAGACAUAGCAGGAAUGAGAUAUUUAAUCAAAGAAGACAAUUAGAAGAUGUAAUAAUUGAUACAGAUCCUAGUGAAGAUAGACAAACAUGUCAAGUAUUAAGAAAAAAAAUUCAUGAGUUAGAAUUGCAACUAGUAACAAAACAUGGACAAAUUUCAGCAUUAGAAAUCCAAAUCCAGAGUGAAAAUUUUCCUUAUCUACAAAAAUGUAAGGAACUGCAGGAACUUCUGCUCACAUCUCGUAAAAAGAAUGCUGAACUUAGUUCUGAGGUAAGAAAACUUCAAAGGACUCUAAACGACAUUAACGCGUGGGAAUGUGACAUAUGUAGACGAUGGCGAAUUAAUAGAAGAGAACAAGCAUGUCAAACAUUUAAUAAUGCACAACAACUUUUUACGAUAAAUAACGAAAUAAUUAAGAGCAAUGAAAGAAAAAGUUUCAGCCAAUGUGUUAAAGCUUGCAAAGUCUUCAAAUUAUAGAAGAAGCAUAUGGAACUCUAAUUAAUAAAAAUAUCUUCCAAAAAUUAUAGCCUAUGAUAUCGUUAAAAAUAUAUGUAGGAAGGCUAUCACUAUUCAAGUAUUACAUUCAUUCCUACUUUGUUAAGUUAAUGUAAAUAGUAACAAUAUUAAAGUAUCUGCAUUUCUGAGAUAUUAUAUUUUUGUACUUUCAUAAAAUAAUGUAAAUACGGAUAAACUAAUUUUUAUAUGUACUCUGACGCAAAAAAGUGGCUAUAUUUAUAUAUGUUGUAUCAUUCAUGCCGACUUUAUAAUAAAACACAAUCUGUGAUUCUGUAAACUUUCAUAAUAUAAUUGCAUUAAUGUUAAUA